AUGAAACCUGCAUAUCUUUAUCUCAUACUUCUAUUCCUGCCGCUCUCUGUCUCGAGGGAAAUCCCUGACAUGAGAGACAUUCUUUACGAGGACUUCCACAAGGAGAUGCAAGACCCUCCCACCCCGCUCAUCAUUGAUCUCAUGUCCACAGACCUAUUCCGAAGAUUGGACAGAGUUGCACAGCUGGGACUAAGGAACUUGCUAUUUACCCAUGCCAAUAUCACCAGAGGUGCACAUUGUAGAGGAACACGGACGAUGUCAUCAAUCUAUGUGAACAUUCUCAACAAGAACUCCUGUUCUGAGAGCUGCAUCACUCCUGUCCAGUCCCAUGCUAUUCAGGUGGCUAGUUUACUUCACGACAUUGGGCAUGGUCCGUAUAGCCAUCUCUUUGAAUAUACCGUCACUGGUAUGGUGCACAGCAAUCCUGAAAUCUAUCACGACGACGAAAAAAAAGAUUCUGCCAAGCCGUGGUCUCAUGAAAUGCAGUCCCUCCGUAUAGCUAGGUGUCUUCUCCAAACCAACGACCUGGUCCGGAAGUACAACUUACCUCACGACUUUGCUGAUGCUGUCUGCGACAUGAUCCAGGGUCUUUCCCGUGAUGAUCAUGCCAAGAAGUAUGCCUCGUCACCUGACUUCAAUAAGUAUGUCAUAUUCACCAUUGUAAACGGGGAUGCAGAGGCCAGUUUGGACACAGACAAGUUUGAUUACAUGAGGCGAGACUCUUACUUGUGUUGUAGGCCAGGAUAUGCUAAUCUUGUCUCACAGGCAGUUACUGGGAUAAUGUUAGGCAGCCGUAUUGAGCACGAUCGCAUUGUCUACUCCAUACGUUGUGCAGAGAGCUUGGUUGUCUUUUCUCAUUGUGUCUACCUCAACUACCGCUACCUCUACUACAACCCUCAGGCCGGAGGCCUUGACCUUGUCUUACAAGACAUCCUUACACGCCUGCUGUCACAUGCCAAUCUGACCCGUUAUCUUCAGGACAUCAACAGUUUCUCUAUUCUGGACGACAUGUUUAUUGCCAGAUUAUGGGACAAGGGAAGCCAUGUGGACAUCCAGCACCUUCUGGACAGAUUUAACGCCAGAGACUCUUACGAGUUUAUCGGAUACCGUGAUUAUCCUUACCCCCCUGAGACGUCUCCCAACCACGACCUCACAAAUCUACGCAGAUCGAUAGCCGAUAUCAAGCACACCUUUUCCGAGGCACUGGGAAAAACCCAAUGUGAAAUUACCAACGACGACUAUGUCCUCGUAGCCUUCAACUUUGCUCACAUACUCAAGGGCAAUGGAACAAAGAACAUACUGGCUAAGGUUCUGUUCCAUGACCCCAUUCCUAACCCUGAAUCCUUCUACUCCCACAAGCCGCAUCUCGACAAAUACUUCUCCACGCCUGGGUGCACUCCCCUGUUCAAGCCUAUUGAAAAUGCAGAUAGCCUUGCAGCUGCCUAUGAGGCUGAUGACAUUCCAUUUUACUGGGGAUCUAUACAACUAAGGUUGUACGCAAGGACCGUCGACAACGAAAAGACGGCUGAGUUGAAGAGGCUGUUCAAGAAUGUCAUACUUAACUAA